AUGAAGCGCGCUCGCAGUGCCAAUAUUCCAGGUGUGAUUCUACACUCCUUGGCAGAGCUGCAGGAUGGCCUGAACGCUAUGAUCGACCCUUCCUGGCGCGCUGCUCGCUCACUGGACAAUUGGGCUCUUGCCAUCACGAUGGAGUCGACGGAGCUGCUGGACUCCUAUCCGUGGAAGUGGUGGAAGAACCUCAACGCCACGCCUGAUUUGGCCAACGUCAGGAUUGAACUGGUCGACAUCUUUCACUUUUCUCUUUCCGGCGCCAUGCAAAUGCGCUCCACCCCGGACGAUGAGAUUCCCGCCGCUUCGCUCAAGCCCCUGAAAGAGGUUAUGACAACUUUUCUGCCGGCGAAGGAGUGCACGAGCGACCCGUACGGCUUUGUGUUCUUUCCCCUCACUGAUACGCAGAACGCCAUUGCAAGCUUUCGUAACGUCAUUCAGCUCGCAAACGCCUAUCGCUUCGAUGUCAUCACAGAGAGCAUCAUUUAUGCUGCCGAGGAUCUGGGAUUCAACUUGGUGGCUUACUAUAUUGCAAAGCACACUCUAAACUGCAUUCGCCAGCUGGGUGGCUACAAAGACGGUUCUUAUGUGAAGGUGAACAAUGGUGUUGAGGACAAUGCGCUUCUGCACGGCUGCAUUAAGGAUGUCUCCCUCGAGGAAGUUCUCGACGCCGACAAGUAUGUCCAGGCGUGGAACAGCAUCAUGUCCAACGUUUACGAGGCUUUCCAGGUUAAGGAGUCUGACCGAAAGGAUGCAGAGCGCUGGUUUGCCCUCGCAAAGGAAAAUCGACUGGCAAUCAAGGCAUAA